AUGAAAACGUAUCUGGGAGACAAGCGGAAGUGGCCUACAGUCAUGCCCGCAGUUUUCUGGGCAGAGCGCAUCACGAUUCAGCGAUCUACAGGAUACUCCCCAUAUUACAUGGCACAUGGGACCGAACCAUUGUUCCCCUUCGACAUCGCAAAAGCGACGUACCUGGUUCCAUAUGAGGGUGUACAGAUGACCCAGAUUGAACUUUUGGCACACCGGGCUCGUCAGUUACAAAAGCGGGAAGAGGACUUGGAGGAAGUACGUGAGCAUGUCAUCCGAGCAAGGUACAAGUUGAUGGAGCAGUUUGCGCAAGAGUUUCAUGCGACGAUCAAGUCUUAUGACUUCAAGCCGGGCGAUAUAGUCCUGGUUCGAAAUUCUCGAAUUAAUAUGGAGCUCAACCACAAGACGAAGCCGCAUUACUUGGGACCCAUGGUAGUUGUUCGAUGA